AACUCAGUCAGUUCUUAGGGAGUACUCGGGCGGCGGUUCGGAGGCUAAUCUUUUUGAGUUUCGUAUUCAUAGUGCUGUGGUUACUCUGUGAUUUGUUUGCCUGUUAUUACAUCUUAAUUUAACGUAUUUUGGAAACGAAUUGACGAAUUCAAUAGACGAGUUUUGUAUUUGAAGUUUUGCAAUCAAAUAUUAAAAUGAUUCUAAAAUUUGGAGCAAUACUCGUGAUCCAACUCUUUUUUAGUAAUUGUUUAACAUAUGCAUAUGAUGAUGGCAGCUACCAUCCAGACAACAGAGGUCAAUAUAUACCGGAUAAUAGCGGGAGAUACAUUUCAGACAACAGUGGCCAAUAUAUUCCGGAUAAUAGCGGGAGAUACAUUCCAGACAACGGAGGAUUUUAUGUACGUCAACCUGUGUCGUAUGAGUUAACUUACAAUCCCCCAUCUGUGCGCUUAAUUGAACCCAUCAGAGGUUUCGGUGGAAAAGGAAAUUUCGGUGGACCGCAAAGGCCAUUGCCACCAGGACCAAAAGGACCGACAAAACCAAAUCGGCCAACAAUUAUUGAUCGCAGGACGCUCAUUUCUUACGUUGGAUGAAAUUUAUAUUUUCUAAUGUAGAUUCAUAUCAAUACAAUGCACUUACUCUUGAUUCCAAUGCUUGACAAUGAAAAUUAUAUUAGAUUCAAUAAGUUAUUGUAGCCCGUUGAAUUAUUAGCAAUGAAGAAAAAUUAAAAACAUUA